AUGAUAGCACUUGUCUGCCUCUCCCUCCUACUCCCAGCACAACUCCUAGCCUACAACCCGUCUUUUUCCUCAGACCAAUUGCAGAAUCGGCCACUCGGUGGCUGUACCGCAGUUGGGCCUGGUCAGGUGAAGAACUGCCUCAUACAAAACGACCCCGACACAUUCCAGCUCUGCAAGUGUUGCAAGGAUGAGACUGCAAUGAUCCAGUGCAUCAGUACGAAAACCGCCUGUCAGCCUUCGAACCAGAACCCAUAUUGGAAGGGGUCGUGGGAUUGCCCAGUCAACGACUGCUCCUCAGUGCCGUCUAAUCCCUCUAAUGAUGCUGUUGUGAAUUGUAUUCGUAACAGCGGUGAUGCCGCCCUCAUCAAAAGAUGCGGCCCCUGUUUAACUGAUUACUCGGCCAAACAAUGUCUCGCCACUUCAACUACAGCUUCACUCCCGCGUAAAGACUAUUGCCCGUCGAAGGACCCGCAACCGGGGGACCAUGGCCCACGACUUGGGGAUUGUUCCUCCUUGCACCCGCCUGGCGCUGUACUUCAGUGCAUUCGUGACAGCGGUGAUAAAAACCUGAUCAGUAGAUGUGGCAGCUGCCCAGAUGAUGAUUCGGCGCGCCUUUGUUACAACAAUAAACAAUCAUGUCCGGCACUGGCGCCCCGCCAGCUUUUAGGCGGCGAUUGUUCCACCAGGUUCCCAUCUAGUGCUGUGCUUGCGUGUAUCAAAAACAGCGGUGACAGCAACCUAAUCAAGAGGUGUGGCAGCUGCCCCAAUUAUGGUGACGUACCGGCCAUGUGCGUCAACUACAAAGCCACAUGCCCGACGAAACCGCCACCAGGCACGCCUGAUUGCGCCCAUCUGCCCCCUGGUAGCUCCACGCUCAAAUGCAUCCACGACAGCGGUAAUGAAACACUGAUCCAGAGAUGUGGUUCCUGCAAAACUGACGACUACGCGCGCUUCUGUCUAACCGACAAAGUCGUAUGCCCGUAA